CUGCAUCCGGCAGAGCGCAGAGGGGGCGGGGCCUGGCCAGGGUGACCCGGCGGGUCGGUGUGGGGGAAGCGAGUUGCGUCGGAGUUCGGCGCGGUCAUGCUGGUCACCGCGUGCUGCAGGCUCACCCCGGCGCUGCGGGGGCCGCGCGCAUCGUCUGCGGUCUCCGGGAGGUAUCUGCUGGCGCCUGGGGUCAGGUCCUUCGCUGACCGGAGCGACAAGGCGGAGGAGCCCCGCACCUUCCACCCCGCACUGCUGCAGUUCCUCGUGUGUCCGCUUUCCAAGAAGCCGCUCAGAUAUGAAGCAUCAACAAAUGAAUUGAUUAAUGAAGAGUUGGGAAUAGCAUAUCCAAUCAUUGACGGGAUCCCUAACAUGAUACCACAGGCAGCAAGGACAAUACGUCAAAAUAAGAAGCAAGAAGAAGCGGAGCAACAUUAGACCAUGAUUGUUGAAAGUGUGACUACUGAGUUCUCGUAAUACUGUAUACCUUUAAAACAAGGAAGAGAACCCGGGGAAGAACAGUGGUUCACUUCUGCCUGCUUGACUCUUCUUCCACUGCUCUCCUUAGCAGGUCUUUUCUGAUCUGCUUUCUGGAGGAGAAUUUCCCACAGGGCUGCACCAGCACAACCGGACUUUGCUUUAACAGUCUGCUCUUGUCAACUGCCAUGCCAGUAUGUGUGUGUUCUUCUACCUAUGGACCUAGAUGGCUCUAAAGCGUAGUACAUGGAACCAGAGUCAGGAUGAUGUGUACAUUAGAAAGAGGUCUAAGGCAGCAUCUGUGGAAACUACAUGUAAACUUACAAAAAGACUUGUCUUGCUUCUGUCAGGCUAAGUCCAUGAGACAGGCUGGGGAAGCUUUUCAUGCAUGUACUGUCCUCAGCGUUUGGAUUCACACUUAUAACUGCUGUAUCAGAAUUUCAGCAAAAUAUCUCAGUGUAGAUUGACAACUGAAGUCACUGCCUGAGGCCUGCUUCCCGUCCCAGUCAUUAAGGAUUAGUCCUUCGGAAUGUUUGUUUAUUUCAAGGUCAGUGGUAAGCUUAAGUACUUAGAAAAUUCUGAGUGUGUAAAAUUACCUCCAUUACUUUGACAUCACAUGCUUACAUCAAUAAUAAAAUAAAAUGUUGACAGUUUA